AGAUUGGAAAAUCAACGCGAGGAUUGGAAUGCUCAUCAGUGAACACAUUUCCUGUAUCGGGAAGUUGUCACAUUGAUGGUUUUGUAAAUAUAUACUGGAUGUAUGUUAACUAAAUAUAUGUACACGAGUUUUUAUAUCUCGACCUUCCCUGACGUGAAUCAAUUAAGAUUGCUGCAGUGUGCUCGGCAGCGAGCAAGGGUUCCGUGUGCGGAGAAUUAGCUUUAUAUAAAACAAUAGCCACAUUGGUUGAUGGCUACCUAAGGUGCUUCUAGUAUAAAAAUGUGCUUUGUUUCAUUCGAGGAGAAAUAUGACUACAGUACCAACGGAAGGAAUACAAAGAACUUACGAAAUCCACAGGUAUGGUGCGGCUAACUUUUUCUACGUCACACUGUUCGGCGUGGUAUUGAUGACUGGCCUGAUAUUUAUUUCGCCAAAUCUUGGUCCUGCAGUCCCAAUAAAAGUUGCGUACCAUCGAAUUAAAGUCUCGUUACAACGGCCAAUACAGGUGCACUAUUACAAUCGUCCACCAUGGGUCAAAAUGGACAUAUUUUCUGAGUGUGAUAACAACUGUUACCUGACAGCUGACGACUGGAAUUUAAACGCUGACAGCGAAGUAGUCAUAUUUCACACUCCGUAUGUCAAGGAAGUUCACCCUCGCAAGAAACAGGGACAGAUUUGGGUGUUUCACUCUUUAGAACCGCCUUGGCUGCAUUGGUGUAAAUUAAAAAACUGGACACGUGAGUUUAAUUGGACAAUGAGCUACAGAAGAGAUUCAGAUAUUUUGUACACAUAUGCAGAUUUUCAAACGCAAGAAAUGAGCGAAAGCACUUGGGAAACCGAAACUAGAAAGCUAGGCAAAACAUUGAGAAAGAAAUCUACCGAUAUAGCAUGGAUGGUUUCUCAUUGCGGAACGCCUGGGAAACGUGAUGAUUAUGUGAAUAUACUUAAAAAGAUGAUACCGGUGGAUGUGUACGGCAAGUGUGGAGAUAAGAACUGCGAUCGGUGGAAAGGUGCAGCGUGUCUAGAGCUUUAUAAAUUUUAUCUGUCGUUUGAAAACCAAUUGUGUGAGGAUUAUAUCACGGAAAAGAGCUUCAGUCUUUACUACCCCUCGUUCAGUUCAAUACCAAUAACACGAGGUGGUUCUAAUUAUUCUAUGUUCCUUCCCCCCGGAUCUUAUAUAGACUCGUCCGAAUUCCAACAUAUUUCUCAUCUUAAAAAUUACAUUGAUUCUGUGUCAAAGAACAUCACAAAAAUGAUGGAAUAUAUGAGAUGGAGAAAACAUUAUCAGCUUAUAGAGGAUCACGCCAAACCCUUCUGUGAACUUUGUCGUCGACUUCAUUUAAAGGAUACAGAAAAAUAUAGACGGGUGUAUCGGGACAUUGGGGAGUGGCAAAGAAGAGACAAGACGGAACGAAAAAUCUGUAAAGACCCUCACGACUUAUCAUAGAUAGAUAAAUUAUUUAAGGAUAUUGAAGCAUGGCACUGAUUUAAUUAUGUAAAAACGAAAGAACAAUCCAGACACUGUAGGCGAUGUCCAUUAAGCAAUUCCUUGUGUGUAUCAAUAAAAUUUCCAGUCCGAAAUAAAUUAUGUUACCGGGAUCGAAAAAAAAAACGUUUCCGGAUUUAAUGAAAUCAAGUAAAAAGUAUGCAUUCAAUGCUUUUUAACAAGGUAUCUCUACCGGUACGAAUUCCCUUCAACAUUGGCCAUUACACAAUAAAAGC